ACAAAGUAUGUAAAAAUACUGUUAUAACUUGUUUGGUAAAACCUAAACAGCACAAAAGAUGCAUGUACAUGGCGCGAAAUGCCUUCUUGGAUUAGUUACUCUACUACUAUUAAUUUACUCCAAAUUUUUUACAUGAGGAAAUGGAAAGGUCACAAACUUGCAAAAAACCGCUACCUUGACAUUAUCGAGCACGUUGGAAAUUUGUUAUUUCGAAGGAAAUUAUUCAAGAAUAACAGAAAUAAUAUUUUCCACAGGCCGAAGUGGAACAAAUCGCCGAUAAAGUUCAAUGCAUGCAGCAGUUGAAACAUGUCAGUUAAACGAGAUAAUAGGCGCUCGUGUCAUAAAUUAUAUAAUAUAAAACGUUCUGUACAGUCUCCCCCACCAUGCAAACCGGCAGAUUAACAUACCUCCAAAGUCAGAGAUACGUGGGGCAUAUACACUAUCAUUAUUUUUUUUGUACAAUAUUAAAGAAGUGUACACGCGCCCCCCACCUAUGGAGGGAUGUACUACAUGGUAUAACUUUUUUCUUUCUACCAUCUAAUCUACAAAGUUCAAUAGGUCCCCACGACGCUCGAGUAAAUACCCAUUUAGCAUCAUAGGCUCCCCUACUAUGUGGAAAUGAUCUAUUUAUGAACACAAACAUAUUCGCACAUGCAACAGGGCAUUACUUGGAUGGUAGAAAGCCAGAAGUACAAAAAAUAUAUAGCGACCACUACAUGGGUCUAGCCAAAAUGAAGUUGGAACAGAAAGGCCACACAAAACAGCACCCAACUUCCCGCAGCGCAACACGGUAGACUAAACUAUUCGUUUAAAAAAGUCGCUACUCUAGGUCGUUGCGUCAGAAAAGAAGGCCCGUUUCGAUUUUUCUAACGGGCGAAUACAAAGAGAAGUGGGAGAGCGAGGGAGAUUUGGACGCGUUAAAAAUUAGACUUAUUAGAUAUUAGAUUAAUUUACGAGCAAUAGAGUACCUACACUGCGCGUAAAUUUUUCUCUCGUUGAAAAUUCAUUUGUUGAUUUUCGUGAACCAUCUCGUACCAUUUUAAGUGCGCUGAAAUUGAAUUCUUCGCGAAGUUAUAAAAGCAGGCGCGUACUAUUUUGUGUACGAGAUAUUUAUUUCCGCGGGAUUUAGCAUAGACGUACGUGAUCACGAAAUAGAUAUUGCAUUUUUUGGAUUUCUAAACAAAACCACUAUUUUUACAUCCAAGAACGUGUAAAGAAAAAUGGAAAUUGAACUAUGUUUUUAUUAAUAUAUUCAAUCAACUAAGUUCUGUAUUUUUCUACACAAUCGAUGACGAUAGAUAAACUUAGUAGUAAUAAGUAAGUAAUACAUGCGAUGGCAUUUACUUUUGAUGAUGUGUAUUAAAAUAUUGACGAAGAAUUAAUGACAUUCAUAAAGUUCCACAAGUGUAGUGCGCAACUCUCGAGUUGAAUAUAAAAAUCGUAGUUAGAAACACUACAAAAGAAAAAUGAGUUGCUUCAGCGCAAGGUGCACGUCUACUGCGACAUUGGUAGGUAAAACGGCCGUUGUAACAGGAUGCAACACGGGUAUUGGAAAAUGUACGGUCGAAGAUUUUUACAAAAGAGGGGCGCGCGUUAUUAUGGCGUGUCGAAGCGUUCCAAAGGCCGAAGAGGCAAAGAGCGAUAUAACAAAACGCUGUGAAGGGCUGCGAGGUAUCGGGGAAAUUGAGGUGGUGCAACUUGAUCUGGCAAGCUUGAAGUCAAUUCGGAAGUGUGCCGAAAAGUUACUGCAAGAAGAAGACCACAUUCAUCUGUUAAUUAAUAAUGCCGGAGUUAUGGCGUGUCCUGAAUCGAGAACUGUGGAUGGUUUUGAGAUGCAGUUCGGUACAAACCAUUUGGGUCACUUUUUGUUCACUCUAAUCCUGUUACCGAAAAUUAUUAACAGUCCACCCGCACGAAUUGUCAAUGUAUCAUCGGUGGCGCAUUCUUUCUUAUCAGGCGCACUCCAAAUUGAGGAUCUCAACUGGACAAGACGAAAGUACAGUGAAAGUCAAGCGUACUUCCAAAGUAAACUAUCGAAUGUGCUGUUUACAAGAGAAUUGGCAAAACGUCUCAAAGAUCACAACAUUCACGGUGUCACAACUUAUUGCCUUCAUCCAGGUGUUAUCGAUACCGACUUGUGGCGUCACGUCGACGACAGCUUCUUUAAAGGUGCCAAAUGGAUAUUUUAUAAUAUUGUCGGCCUGUUUAUAAAGUCUCAAGAUGAGGGCGCGCAGACAAUCAUUUAUUGUGCGGUUGAUGAAGAUGUGAAGAAUGAAAGCGGUUUGUAUUACGCCGAAUGCGAUGUUGCGAAUUCUAGUGAUCGGUCGAAAGACAUGGUGUCUGCGAAGCGUCUGUGGGAUAUCAGCUUUAAAAUGGUUAAAUUACCGCAAGAUUACGACCCUUUUGUCGCUACCCCUUAACAUAAAAAAAAUGUACCGAAAUAUGUUAGUAGAUUUCACACUUGGAUAAGAUCACAUUGUUCCCCAACAUGCUCACCUGCAUUAACCAUAGGACCAUAGUUGUAAGACAAAAUUUCUGUGAUUUUGUGAAAAAUCAUUUAGGGACUACACGUUUAUGUACACCAUAGGAAGAAGUGAAUGAAUCACAAUAAAAUACUUACUGUGUUGAUUGAUUAUGAGUGAUUAAGAUUCUGGGAUUAUACAAGUAGAUAAGCACAGUUAAGGGAGCUGAUGCUAAUCAAUGCUGGGAAGUUCAACAUCUCUUAUAUAUACGUAUAAUCACAUUCUGGCGAUUUAAUCGAUUGUAUGAUUCUCGAAUUUGUUUUGGACCGAGUUUCUCGCAUUUUGGAGGCUAUGAAAUUGGAAUUAUUAAAUAUGUAAGUGGCCGCCAGUUGCUAAAUCAAUUGUUAUCUCGUCCAUUAUUUUUAAAAAUUCUUUUCGCUUUAUAUAGGGUUUGAACCAAGUCAAUCAAGGCCGUAAUAAUAUUAUUUUCUAAUAACCCUAAUAAUAAUGUUAAUUUUUUGUGUUCGACGGGAAUUUGAAUGUGAUUUCUUUACAGGGUUCUAAUUUUUAGUUUGAGUUUCAAUCGUAGUCCCAAGCUCUAAUUUUCAAGUUUACAUCCUCGUUUAAUUAUGAGUUCCAGUUUUAAUUGACCUUGACACCUGUCCAGCUUUGCCGUCGUGAGCACAAAGAUAUCACCUUAUCUAAGUUAACUUA